CCCGGCUCUGCCCAGCUGCCGCCGCCCAGCCCCCCGGCGCCCCUCCCCAUGGCAGAGGAGACCUUCCCGUUCACCUCCUCCACGCGGCGGGCUCUCCGGCUCCAGCGGGAGUGGCUGGAGUGGGAGGACCGGCGGCGGGCCGCGGCCCAGCAGUGCCGCAGCCAAAGGUGCCCCCCCAGUGCCCGGGCCCGCCUCACCAGGCCGCGCCGCUGCUGCCGAGACCCAGCCGUGCACAACGCUCUGUUCUCCGGUGACCUGCGCCAGGUCCAAGCCCUGUUCCAAGAGGAAGACGCUGCCAACAUGAUUGUGGAGACUGUGAGCAACCAGCUGGCCUGGUCAGCUGAACAGGGGUUCUGGGUGCUGACCCCCAAGACGAAGCAAACGGCGCCCCUCACCAUCGCUGCUGCCCGAGGCUACAUUGACUGUGCCCGCCACCUGAUCCGGCAGGGAGCUGAGCUGGAUGCCCGGGUUGGGGGCCGGGCAGCCUUGCAUGAGGCCUGUGCCCGGGCCCAGUCUGACUGUGUGCAGCUGCUGCUGACCUUCGGUGCCAAGGCCAACGUGUUGUCCGAGGAGGGUACAACCCCCUUGCACCUCUGCACAGCCCCCGAGUCCUUGCAGUGCGCCAAGCUGCUGCUGGAGUCGGGAGCGACCGUGAACGUGGCGGCGCAGGAUAGCGAGGUGACACCCCUGCAUGUGGCGGCGGCUCGCGGCCUGGAGGAGCACGUGGCUCUCUACCUGGAGCACGGCGCCAACGUGCACCUGCGCACCAGCCAGGGCGAGACGGCCCUGAACGCGGCGUGCGCGGGGGCCGAGGGCCCGGGCAGUGGCCGGCGGCACCAGGAGGCAGCGCGCCGGCUCCUAGCGGCCGGGGCUGAUGCCCGCGCUGCCGGCCGCAAGCGCCACACGCCGCUGCACAACGCCUGUGCCAACGGCUGCGGGGCCCUGGCCGAGCUGCUGCUGCGCCACGGCGCCUGCGCUGGAGUGCCCAACGCGGCGGGCCACACCCCCAUGGACUGCGCGCUGCAGGCGGUCCAGGACGCCCCCGGCGGGGAGCCCGAGGGCCUCUUGGCAGCGCUGCUGGACUACGGGGCCCAGCCUGUGCGCCCUGAGAUGCUGAAACACUGUGCCAAUUUCCCUCGGGCCCUGGAAGUCCUGCUUAAUGCCUACCCUUGUGUCCCCUUGUGUGAUACCUGGGUGGAGGCAGUACUCCCAGAGCUGUGGCAGGAGCACGAAGCCUUCUACAUCUCGGCCCUGAGCAUGGUGAACCAGCCGAGGCGGCUGCAGCACCUGGCUCGGCUGGCUGUGCGUGAUCAGCUGGGUAGCCGCUGCCGACAGGCCGCCGCUCACCUCCCGCUGCCCCCGGUCCUCAGGGACUACCUACUGCUGCGUGUGGAGGGGCGGAUCCAGUGAGCCCCAUGCCAGGGUGCUCCCAGCGCUGUUUCUGUCCCCUCCAUCAGUCGUCUCCCUACAACCCUGGAGGACCAAUCCCUGGCUCUCUUGUCCACACUCCGCGUGCCCUCCCCAGCCUGCUCCCCUCUUCACUGGCUUCUUGAGCUACUCGCUGACCUCCUGCCCAACCCAAGCUUCAGCUUCCAAUGGGAAGGUCUGCAGACUCAGCCUUCACCCACCUCCGUCUCCUUUGCUUAAGUGGAUGGCCCCUCCAGCCCAAGCCACGUGGGGGUGAUCCUUGUUGCUCCUCCGUCCCCUGCCACCUAUGUACCUGUUUGGCCUCCUAAAGAGUGACCGACUCCGUCUAUACCUGCACUGCCUCUGCCCAAACUGCCUUUGUUGCUUGAAGGGAGGACUUCCCUGCUUGGUCUUGAAACACACGCCCCACAAGGAUGCCAGAGCCCCUUCGAGAAUCACAACUCUGAUCAUGCCCUUCGGGGGCUCCUUACCACCUUCAGGCUAAAAUCUGAAUUCAGUGUUCUGCAUGUGCUGUUCCCUCUGCCUGGUCCACCCACCAGUGAUGCAUGAUGUCUUAAACAAUGGGUCACUACACUUGUGGUCUCUAAGGGUCUGUGACAGGAGGACAAGCCACUAGCUGUCCCCCUUCUCUCUCACUUCCUCCUCUGGUCCCAGAGUCAAACGUACCAUCCUUCAUCUUUAAGAACCUUUUACGCCAAGCCAGUUUUUGUGAAUGCAAAUAAAUGAUGUGUGCCCAGAACCCAA